CUGCACUCAUCCUUCGAAAAUGGAGCUUCUAACAUUUGUUCUUCUCGGCAUUCUAGCAGUGACCCAAACUGUUUCGGCUCAAAACUGUGGUUGUGCACCAGACCAGUGUUGCAGCCAAUAUGGUUAUUGCGGUCGUGGCAAAGACUAUUGUGGCACCGGAUGCAAAGAAGGCCCUUGUUUCUCUAAAUCUCCCACCGCCACCGGUGUUUCAGUUGCCACCGUUGUUUCACCCAAAUUCUUCGACAGCAUAAUCAACCAAGCUCCUGCAAAUUGUGUCGGGAAGAGAUUCUACACGCGACAAGCUUUCCUGACUGCGCUCAAUUCAUUUCCUGGUUUCGGAAAACUGGGUUCUGAUGUGGAGUCCAAGCGCGAGAUUGCUGCCUUUUUCGCCCAUGCCACCCAUGAGACCGAAUACUUCUGCUUUAUCGAAGAGAAAACAAAGACAAAUAAAUACUGUGAAAUAAAUUCAGAGUUUCCAUGUGCUCAAGAGAAGUUCUACUAUGGACGAGGACCGAUUCAGCUUACAGGGAACAUUAACUACGGGAAAGCAGGGAAUGCUCUCAAGCUGAACUUAUUGAAAAACCCUGAAAUAGUGGCCAAAGACCCUGUUGUCUCGUUUAAGGCUUCGUUAUGGUACUGGAUGAACGCGGUUCGUCCAGUCAUCGGCCAAGGGUUCGGAGCCACGAUCAAAGCCAUCAAUGGCCCACUUGAAUGUGGGGCUGGUGGACAAGCACAACAGAGGGUUCGACGUCGAAUUCGGUUUUACACCGAUUAUUGUAAAAGAUUCGGUGUCGAUCCUGGACCCAAUCUGUCUUGUUAGAGUUUUUGAGUUACUUUCAGCUUUACGUAGGGGAAAUAGAAGGCUACAGAUCCUGUUGUUGUAGCUUUUGAAUAAAUUUACUACUACAAGGUUUCUUUUAAGAGACCUGCUAAAGAAUAAAGGGAAACUUAUGCACUUUUUAACAUUU